GGUGCCGCGAGGCAGAAAUGAGUGCUUUGCUUCCGGUGAGACUUGCUUUCAAAGCUGUCCUCGUGCUUCUCCAAAUCCUGUUUCUUCUCUACGGAUGUUAUGCAGCUUACGACAUCCGACUCUAUCCAAUCAAGGAUUUCGGCUACAUUAUUCACGAGUUCGACCCUUGGUUUAAUUACCGCGCUGCAGAGUACCUGGCGGAACAUGGAUUGUACAAGUUUCUGCGGUGGUAUGACUACGAGUCAUGGUACCCCCUAGGACGCCCCAUUGGCACGACGAUUUAUCCAGGAAUGCAGGUCACAGGAGUAGCUAUUUGGGAGGUGAUGAAAAAGAUUGGAGAAUUCAAAGUCCAAACUCCAUCUUUCGUGUUGGCUUUGAGGCCAUUCAUCUCCUCUCUGAAACAAAGCGGCUGGAAGUUUUUGCCUUCCAUCAAGCAAAGCUAUGAGUUCACACCAAUGAGUCUCAAUGAUAUUUGUUGCAUGAUUCCUCCGUGGUUUGGCACCUACGCGUCCAUCUUCACGGGCCUCCUGACAUAUGAGAUCUCUCGAAGUGUCAACGCUGGCGUUGCAGCAACGAUGAUCAUGGCUGUGAUUCCCGCUCACCUCAUGAGGUCUGUCGGAGGGGAGUUCGACAACGAAGCAGUUGCAGUCACUGCUAUUUGCUCCACUUUUUGGUUGUGGCUCUUGUGUGUGAGGACUCCCUCACACUGGCCCAUCAGCGUACUUGCAGGCCUCUCCUACUUCUACAUGGUGGCAGCUUGGGGUGGAUACAUUUUUGUGAUCAACAUGGUUGGGCUCCAUGCAGCUCUCUUGGCAGCUUUGGGGCGCUUCAAUUCGGGGGUGCACAAGGCCUACAGCAUCUUCUACAUAGUGGGGACAGCAGGAGCCAUGCAGGUUCCAGUGGUUGGUUUACAACCGCUGCGCUCCGUGGAACAGUUAGGUCCCUUGAUGGUGUUUGUCGGCUAUCAAGUGCUUGCCUUCUGCGAUUGGCAAAGGCGAAGGCGACAGAUGGCUGCCUUUGACUUUGCGGUCUUCCGAAUCAAAGUUAUGGCGGCGCUGGUGGUUGUCACAGCGUUGGUUUGCGCUGCUCUUUACCCCACUGGGUACUUCGGCCCCAUCUCCUCACGGAUACGGGGCUUGUUCGUCAAGCACACGAAGACUGGAAAUCCCUUGGUCGACUCUGUUGCUGAACAUCAGCCAGCCAGCCCUUCCAUGUACGCGAGCUACCUGAACUUGCCCUUGGACUACGUGGUCUUGGGUGGCCUUGUAAGUUUGUGGCAUCGCAACAAUGGUUUUCUGCUUCUGUGUCUCUAUGGCUUCGUGGCGCAACACUUCUCUGGGAAGAUGUCACGCCUUGUCUUGAUUUGCGGUCCCAUUGUCUCAGUGGCAUGCGGGAUUUGGUGUGGCUUUGUGGCAGAUCAGCUCAUUGAGCCCUUCCUGCUGCUGCUGGGAAAGAAAGGAUAUGCUCCGCCAUCGGUUCCAGCCGAGGCAAAGAAGGGACCCGAUAGCAGCAAGGAGAAAAAGGACGAGAAGUCCGAGAAGUCGGAGAAAGGAAAAGCCAACAGCGGAAAGGCUAAAAAGACAGGGAAAAGAAACACCACCAACACAGUAGAAGUGGACUGGACCUUGGAGGAAUACGAGGAGGAUGAGAGGCCCGGUGGAGCGAACCACCUGUUGCGGCUUCUCCAAAGCUAUUUCUACAAGUCCAUUAGGGAGGAAAAUCUCGUAAGCUACCGGGAAACUCGAACAAUGCUGGACAACAAUCCGAGCGUCCUAGUGGGCCGAGCUAUGCUAUCGGUUGUGUUGCUGUUCUAUGUUGUGUUUCUCAGCCCGCUGUCGGUGAAAGUGCCGACUUUCAUCCAGCACUGCGAUCAGGUCGCCAAGUCCCUCUCAAACCCUCAAGUGGUCUUCAUGUCGCGAGACAAGCGGACAGGCCAGAACUUUAUUGUGGAUGACUACUUGAAAGGUUACCAAUGGAUUGAUGAGAACACACCCAAGGACUCACGGGUUAUGGCUUGGUGGGAUUACGGAUACCAGAUCACAGGCAUCGCGAAGCGCACAUCCAUCGCGGAUGGCAACACCUGGAACCAUGAGCACAUCGCAACCCUGGGCCGUACUUUGACCAGCAGCGAGAAGAAGGCUCACAAUGCAAUUCGCCAUUUGGCAGACUAUGUCCUGGUCUGGGCUGGUGGCGGUGGGGAUGACUUGGCCAAAUCGCCUCAUUUGGCAAGGAUUGGCAAUUCCGUUUUCCCUGAUCAUUGCGGGGAUGACGACCCCAAGUGCAACAAAUUCAGCUUUUACUCUGAUUAUUCACCGACUCCCAUGAUGGCGAGAUCUCUUCUCUACAAACUCUGCCAGCACAAAGUUAGUCCUGGUGUCUCAGUGAAUGAGAAGCUCUUCAAGGAGGUUCACACGACCAAGCAUGGCUUGAUGCGCAUUUACAAAGUGAUGAACGUGUCUCAAGAGAGCAAAGAUUGGGUGGCCGAUCCGAAGAAUCGCAUUUGCGAUGCACCUGGCAGUUGGUACUGUGUUGGCCAGUACCCCCCUGCUCUUGAGAAGCUUAUAGCCAAGCGAAGGAAUUUCGCCCAAAUCGAAGAUUUCAACAAACAGGGAGGGAAGAGCGCGUACACGAAGCUCAUUGAGAAGGAGCUGCAUGGUAGCGAUCUUUGACACGUUGAGACGAGCGCCACAAGCGAUGCGUGAAAGAAA